UAGAAAGGUAUAAAAGGAGCUGCAGAGCUAGAGGCUAGCCAGACAGCCCAGGGAGGAAUUUGCCCUGAAUAGUGAAUGGUGACACCUUGUCUUACUGUCUUACUUCGAGCUCCCAUUGCUGGAAUCCCAUCCAGCCUCCAGCUUCCAGGGGCUUCCAGGACCUGACCUUGCUCCUCCAGUAUCCCUGCAAACCCCAAGUCCCUUUCCAGGUUGCUGCUUACUUGGCAGAGAUGAGGUCCAGGCUUCUGCUUUCUGUGCCCCACCUGCCCACAAUUCGGGAGGCCUCAGAAGAGAUACUGCCGGGGUCUGGGCAGGAACCGCCAGCCUCCCCGAGCCUGGAUGACUAUGUGAAGUCCAUCUGUCAUCUGGCACAGCCCACCUCCAUUCUGGAAGAGGGUGCAACUAUGACCGGAUCCAAGAGAGCACAGUGGCCAGCCAGGUCCUGUGAGAAGAGCUGCCCCACUGCUUCCCUAAGGGACAUCAGCACCUGCCUCAACUGCCAGCAGCGUGACCUGCUUGGGGUCAGCACUGGUGACCCCCUGGACUGGCUCUUUGGGGCAUCUCAGGAAAAGCAGACAAGUCAGAGAGACACUCUGAAAACUGGUCCAUCUGCUCAUCCUUGGGGUCUGUUCAGAAAGAUGGACAGUAGAAAGGUCCAGGGGACCCCCAAAGGGAAGCUCUCUGAUGGCAGGGUACCAAGGAACUCUCUGGAAAGUCCUUCUAGGAACUGGAACCAGGACUCAAAGGCUUUCAAGCAGCCUGGCAGAGCUGCAGCCUCCCAUUCCAGCAACUCCCACCCCAAUAGCAUCCUCAGAACUCUCUAUCUGCACCUCCCGGUGAUCUAUGAACUGUGACCUCUUCCUAAUAAAUACUUUUGUAAAGAA